AUGACCUUCUUCGACCCCGAGACGGAAGAAGUAGACGUCGCCACGAUCAAGAAGCACGCCGUCCGCCUCGUGACAGACGGUCUCGUCGGCCUCGUGACGAUGGGUUCCAACGGCGAGGCCGUACACUGCACGCGCGAGGAAAAGAUUCUCGUGACGCAAGCCACGCGCGAGGCCCUCGACGAAGCCGGCUUCGGGUCCACCCCCAUCAUCAUCGGCGCCACCGAGGGCAGCGUCAAGGGCACCAUUGAACUGUGCCAGCUCGCCCACGCCGCCGGCGCCGACUACUGCCUGCUCCUGCCGCCGAGCUACUUCCGCGGACUCAUGGACGAGGCCGCCAUCCACGACUACUUUGUCGGCGUGGCCGACGCCAGCCCUUUACCCCUCGUGCUGUACAACUAUCCCGGCGCCGUCGCCGGCAUCGACAUGGACAGCGACCUCCUCAUCAAGCUCGCCAAGCACCCCAACAUCGUCGGCACCAAGUUCACCUGCGGCAACACGGGCAAGCUCACCCGCGUCGCCCUCGCCACCGACGCCAAGACCCCGACCUCGGAAGGCUCCGGCUACAUGGCCUUUGGCGGCGUCUGCGACUUCACCGUCCAGACCCUCGUCGGCGGCGGCAGCGGCAUCAUCGCCGGCGGCGCCAACGUCAUGCCCAAGGUCUGCGCCCGCGUCUGGAACCUCUACGCCGAGGGUAAGUUCGACGAGGCCAUCGCCCUGCAAAAGGUCCUCAGCCGCGGCGACUGGGUCCUCACCAAGGCCGCCAUCGCCGGCACCAAGCAGGCCAUUCAGAGCUAUUUCGGCUACGGCGGCUACCCGAGGCGGCCGCUCAAGAGGCUCGAUCAGGAGCGCGUGGCCGCCAUCGAGGAGGGUAUCCGGGAGGUCAUGGCUGUCGAAAAGUCAUUAUAA